AUGGGUGAGAUAGAGGGGCGCCCUUUACCUCGAGAAUUGCAGGGGAAUUAUAUCAUUCUGUCGUCGGCUUUCUACUUCGGUGGUUCUUGCCUUUUGGCUUUAAAUUCCGCCGCCAACCGAGUCCUCCGCUUGCCUUUGAGUUCUACUUCGGGUGUAGUGAGGGUCCGCGCGUCCUUCUCUCCGGUGGUCGCUUUGGUUCUAUCUACUCCCUCCGCCGGUCACGUCCGCCGGCUUCACUCGGGCAAGCCUACUAGGUCGUUCGGUCCGCCUAGUCCCCCACCCUCGUGCCGCCGCACUAUCAUGCUAGGGGCUGGUUGGGCUAUUGCUCCCCCGAUCUCACUCGCCUCCGUCCGUCGCCUAGCCUUUCCUUGCGAUUUGCCCGGUCUCGACCGCUCGAGGCUUUGCCUCGUUCCUCGUUCUCGUUGUAAGUCACGGUGGCCGAGCUCGAUUUGGGCCGUCCUUCUUAGCCGAUUAAGGCUCGGUCCUUCGUCGCUGCUCCCGCUUGCUCUCGUUCCAGCUCGCGCUCUUUGGGUAGGCUCGUGCCGCCUUGCCUCGUUCUUGGCAAGGAAAGCCCAACUCGCUCUUGUUUAG